AUGGAUUAUGCUACAAUAUCUAGAGAAAGAUGAAAAUUCCGAAAGUUUGUUCUUGAUAAUCGCCGAAACAGUCGGGGGUUCUCUGCCACAGUUAAUUCAAAUUACAAUGAUGAUACUCUGCCUUCGGAUUAUGAGACCUCACUUACUUUGUUCAGAAAACGGAAAAGAAUCUCAAAAGCAGCAAUUUAACAGUUGGUGAUCUUGAUGUACAGCAUGAAUCUAUUGGCAGUUCAUCUCAAACUACAAUUCAUAGAGGGCAAGACAUAGAACAAUCAUACCUUGGAAUGCAAGAAUAUGAGUGUCAAUCAUGUGGGGCUCUACUUUGGUAUGACGAAAGAAUCAAAUCUUGCAACGAAAAUACUCUUCGCUUUUCAAUUUGUUGUUCCGACGGCAAAGUUGUCAUACCGCUUUUGCCGCAAACACCUGAAAUAUUAGACCAUUUAUUGGACUACAAUGGUAGUAGUGAAUCAACGAAAUUUCGAGAAAAUAUUCGUGUCUACAAUUCUAUGUUUGCAUUUACAUCGAUUGGGGCAAAAAUUGAUAAUGAAAUUAAUAGAAAACCUGGCCCUUACGUAUUCAGAAUAUCCGGGCAAAAUCACCACAGAAUGGGUUCUUUACUUCCUGUUGAUGGAGAACGUCCGAAAUUUGCCCAAUUAUACAUUUAUGACACGGAAAAUGAAAUCGAUAAUAGAAUGAGAUCAUUUAAUGCAUCUGAUGAAUUGCAAAAUAUUGAUAGAAAUAUUGUUGGGCAACUAAUAGAAAUGUUCGAUCAUAAAAAUGAGAUAGUAAAAUCAUUUAGAAUGGCGAGGGACCGAUUCAAAGAAGAUGAUUUUUUGCCUAUCCGCUUGAGGUUGAUUGGCAGUCGUGCAGACAGGUCUCAGUAUAAUCCUCCUUCAUGUUCCGAGAUUGCUGGUUUAAUAAUUGGUGAUUUUGGUCAUGCAGAUCGUCAACGAGAUAUUGUGGUUGACCAUAAGAUGGAAGGACUUAAACGUAUUAGUGAUUUGCAUCCUUCAUUCAUGGCAAUGCAAUAUCCUAUAUUGUUUCCAUAUGGAGAAGAUGGUUUUAGGCUAGGCAUGAAAUAUAACAGUGGUUCACACAGGAAAAUUGGUUCUAGGAAAUGUAUUACAAUGCGUGAAUUUUAUGCAUACAGAAUACAAAAUAGAAUAUUUGAGGGAAAAACACUAAUAAGAGGAGGUAGACUUUUUCAACAAUAUUUGGUUGAUGCAUUUUCCUGCAUCGAAGAAGAUCGUCUCGAUUAUAUUAGGAGAAACCAGGCAAAUUUGCGCACGGAGGUUUAUAGUGGAAUUAAAGAUGCUGUUGUUGCAGGCGAUGUUGAUGGUAACGCAAUUGGUAAAAAAACAAUUCUACCGGCGAGUUUCACUGCCGGUCCCCGUUACAUGAUUCAAAACUAUCAGGAUGCUAUUGCCAUCUGUAGACAUUGUGGACAUCCGGAUUUGUUCAUCACAUUUACCUGUAAUGCACAAUGGCCUGAAAUACAAAAUGCCUUACAAUUUAUUCCCGGUCAAAAAGCAGAAGAUCGUCCGGAUAUAGUAAGCAGGGUUUUCAAGAUGAAAGUUAACGCAUUAAUGGCAGAUAUUAAAAAAGGAAACUAUUUUGGGAGAACUAUAGCUGAUUUGUAUACAAUUGAAUUUCAAAAAAGAGGUCUCCCUCAUGUGCAUAUCUUAGUUUGGUUACAUCCAGAUCAUAAGUUGCCAACAACUACGGACAUAGAUUCAAUUAUUUUUGCCGAAAUACCAGAUAAAGAUAUUGAUCCAAUUGGAUAUGCCACUGUUUCAAAAUUUAUGAUACAUGGACCGUGUGGCUCUGCAAAUUCUAAAGCACCGUGUAUGGUUAAAGGUCGAUGCUCAAAACAUUUUCCAAAAGAAUUCAGAAAUGAAACAACUGUGGAUGAUAGCGGAUUCGCUAUUUAUAGAAGAAGAAACAAUGAAAGGUUCGUCACAAAAAAGGGCAUUAAUCUUGACAACAGAUAUGUUGUGCCGCACAACUUGACGUUAGUAGUUAAAUAUCAAGCUCAUAUUAAUGUUGAGUGGUGCAACAAAUCAAGAUUAAUAAAAUAUUUAUUUAAGUACAUCAAUAAGGGUUCAGAUAGAACAAGGGCUGUAAUAGAGGACAACUAUUUGUGCAACAAUGGUUGUCGUGAUGUACAAUAUAAGCAGAUUGACGAGAUUAAAAGAUACUUGGAUUGUAGAUAUUUAUCGGCGUAUGAAGCUGUUUGGAGAUUAUAUCAAUUUGAUAUACACUCUAGAGAACCUACAGUUGAACGAUUGACUUUACAUUUGCCGCUGAUGAAUAAUGUGACAUAUCAUGAAAGUCAAAACUUAGUUGAUGUUCUAGAUCGAUGCAAUGUCGAGAAAACAAUGUUUACUGAGUGGAUGGAAACAAAUGCAAAUUAUGAUGAUGCCCGCGAACUAACUUACGCAGAAUUUCCAACAAAAUGGGUUUGGCAUUCAACUGACAAAAUAUGGACAAGACGUAAAAAAGGAAAUCGAAUUGGAAGAAUUAUUUAUAUUCAUCCAAAUGCCGGUGAGCUUUAUUUUUUAAGAAUGCUACUGAAUAAGGUUAAAGGGCCGAGAAAUUAUAUUGAAAUUAGAACUGUUGACAAUAUUGUGUAUGAAACAUACCGCGCUGCAUGUGAUGCACUUGGAUUGCUGGGUAAUGACAUAGAAUGGCGCGAAGCAAUAGAGGAAGCAUCUCAUUGGUCUUCUCCUGCUGAUUUGAGACAACUUUUUGUUACUUUGGUUAUGUUUUGUGAGGUAGCUGAUCCUGUAAAAUUGUGGAAUGAUUUUUGGAAACUCUUUGCGGACGAUAUUUUAUAUAGAUUAAAGGAAGUAUUGGAAGUUCGUGAACUGCGAAUACCAGAAUUACAGUUACAAAAUUACAUUUUAUUUGAGCUAGAAGUGUUGUUCAAUAAAAGUUGCAGCUCCCUCUCUCAGUUCAAUCUACCAAUUCUUGAUAGAUUGAUUUUGGAAGAUAUGAGUAACAAGUUGUUGAGAGAAGAAUUAGAUUAUGAUGCGGAUGCUUUAAAAUGUGAACAUACAAGGUUAUUUAGCGAAUUGAAUGAUGAGCAGAAGAGUAUAUAUAACUAUGUUUUGACUUCUAUUUAUGAAGAUANUUCAAUCUACCAAUUCCUGAUAGAUUGA